AUUGCGCAGGCGCCGCCCCUCGGCCCGCAUGCGCACCCAGUGCGGCGCGGCCUGAGGAAAUUUCCUUACACUCCCUCUGCGGCAGGCUCCAGUUUCUCCUCCUAUCUUCUCCGUUUUACUAGUCCCUGCAGGAUUUCACUAGAGUACUAUUGGGAGAAAGUAUCAUGGAAGUUCUGCGCCCACAGCUUAUAAGACUUGGUGGACGGAUUUACAGAAAAAAUCCCAUCCAAGAACAGACUUAUCAACAUGAAGAAGAAGAUGAAGACUUCUAUCAAGGCUUCAUGGAGUGUGCAGAAGAGCCCUGUGAUGCCUACGAGGUGGUGCAGACCCAGCAAGGUUUCCGGUGUACCGUGAAGGCCCCCAGCCUGCUCUACAAGCAUAUAGUUGGAAAGAGAGGGGACACUAGGAAGAAACUAGAAGUGGAAACCAAAACUUCUAUUAGCAUUCCUAAACCUGGACAAGAAGGAGAAAUUGUAAUCACUGGACAGCAUCGAAGUGGUGUUAUUUCAGCCCGAACUCGGAUCGAUGUUCUUUUGCUCACUUUUAGAAGAAAGCAGCCCUUCACUCACUUCCUUGCCUUUUUCCUCAAUGAAGUUGAGGUUCAGGAGCGAUUCCUGAAGUUCCAAGAGGAAGUACUGGAGAAGUGCUCCAUGGAUCAUGGGGUUGAUAGCACCAUUUUCCAGAAUCCCAGAAAGCUUCACCUAACUAUUGGAAUGUUGGUACUUUUGAGUGAGCAAGAGAUCCAGCAGACGUGUGAGAUGCUACAGCAGUGUAAAGAGGAAUUCAUUGAUGACAUUUCUGGGGGCAAACCCUUAGAGGUAGAGAUGGCAGGGAUAGAAUACAUGAACGAUGAUCCCGGCAUGGUGGAUGUUCUUUAUGCCAAAGUCCAUAUGAAAGACGGCUCCAACAGGCUGCAAGAAUUAGUCGAUCGAGUGCUGGAACGUUUUCAGGCAUCUGGACUAAUAGUGAAAGAGUGGAAUAGUGUGAAACUCCAUGCUACAGUCAUGAACACUCUAUUCAGGAAGGACCCCAAUGCUGAAGGCAGGUACAAUCUCUACACAGCGGAUGGCAAAUACAUCUUCAAGGAAAGAGAAUCAUUUGAUGGCCGAAACAUUUUAAAGCUCUUUGAGAACUUCUACUUUGGCACCCUGAAGCUCAAUUCCAUUCACAUCUCUCAGAGGUUCACGGUAGACAGCUUUGGGAACUACGCCUCCUGUGGGCAAAUUGACUUCUCUUGAGGAGGAUCUUGGGAAGCGCCAAAAAUUGAACAUCCUCCCGAGGUGCCAGGGGAAAGAAGAUCUUUGUUUUUAUUGCCGAUGAGGGAUGUGGAAAUUUGGAUGGUGACUUUCCCGGGUGGUUCCCCACAACACAGCAUGGUCUCUGAUAUAAUACUUGUCCACAGUCAGCAAACUGCCGGUCAGCCCAGGUGGUUGUGGGCACAAGGGGAACUUGUGUCUGGAACCCUUGGCUUGUUCCUCUUUCACAGGGUCUACUUUCUUUCUGAAGCUCUUCUCUGGAAACGUACCUCUCAAGCCCACUGGAGCUAAGAUUCGCAUUAUUUCUUAUACACAUACUGAUUUUGCCCCAGCCGUUAAGCUCUUUCACAUUAACACUUUAAAAGAGAGUUUUAUUUUUUUAUUUUUAUUUUUUAAUAUAUGAAAUUUAUUGUCAAAUUGGUUUCCAUACAACACCCAGUGCUCAUCCCAAAAGAUGCCCUCUUCACUACCCACCACUUACCCUCCCCACCCUCCCACCCCCCCCCCCAUCAACCCUCAGUUUGUUCUCAGUUUUUAAGAGUCUCUUAUGCUUUGGCUCUCUCCCACUCUAACCUUAAAAGAGAGUUUUAAAGACAUGGUUUUAUUACCAUCUCCACGUAAAUCGAAUGUCUCCAGUUUUAACCAGGUUUGAUUUUUACUUCCCUUUGUACUGUAACUUUUAAUCACUACCCAGAAUUCCUUUGUGGUAAAAAACACAUGACAUAAAGUUUACCAUCUUAACCAUUUCUUUGUAAGUAUGUAGUUCAGUAGUAGUAAGUAUAUUCACGUUGUUGUGAAACAUCUCCGGAACUUUCUCAUCCUGCAAAUCUGAAACUAUACCCAUUAAACAACUGUCCGUGUCCCCCUCCCCCAAGUCUCUGGCAGCCACCCUUCUGCUUUCUCUUUCUAUGAGCUUGACUGCUUUAGAUACCGCAUAUGAGUGGAAUCAUAUGGUAUUUGUCUUUUUGUGACUGGCUUAUUUCACUUAGCAUGACGUCCUCAAGGUUCAUCCACGUUGUGUAGUGCAUGUCAGAAUUUCCUCCCUUUAAGAAAGGCCAAAUAAUAUUUUGUUUUACGUGUACCCUGUGUUUUGUUUAUCCAUUCAGCCACCGAUGGAUGCUUGGGUUCCUUGACUGUCGUGAACAGUCCUCUGUGAACACGGCUGUACAGAUACCUCUUCCUGAUCCUGCUUUCAGUUCCUUUACUACUCAGUUUUAUCUUCAGCAAAAUAACAUCACGUUUUUUUUUUUGAUCUUUUACUUUGGUCUGUCCUUUUUCUUCUGAAGUUGGUACCCUUUUAUGUUUGUUGGAUUCCUGUUCCUUAUCCUACCCCCCCACCCCCAGCCUUCCCAGGCCAGUGAUGGAGUUGCAGUAUCAUAGCUCCUGUGUGUCAACUCCGCGGGGCAGCAGCAGUAGAAACAGCGAUGGCAUCAGCAGGGCCGUGCACGGUUCCACGGAGCAGAGUCAGCUGCGGAAGGACCGUCUCCCUUCCUUGCUCCAGCCUCGCUCUCACCUUCCUCUCCUCUUCACAUUUCUUCUCCCUCCAUGUCCCCUCUUUCUCUUUCCUUCAUUCCUUACUCUUGAUUCUUUCUGUUUGAAAAGUGUGAUUCUGAACCCUGUGCAUUAAGGCCACUGCCUAGUAAGGGCUGUGUAGAACACUCAGGUUUGCUUAUCAGUGCGACUGCCCAGAUCACUUGUGAAUAAAUGAAUUUCCAGAGUUACUGUUUUUCUUUCACUCUUACACAGUUUUAGUUUGACUCCCUUAGUCAACGUAUGUCGGGACACAGUGUUGCCAUCACUUAGUUGCUGGCAUAGCUGUUAACCGUUCCUCUAGAACUUACAUGUUCGUGCCUGCAGGGUUGGUUUUUCCCCAAACACUUAGUAACAUGAGAUUUUAUCUCGUUUACCUUCAGUGGUUGGAUGGUGCGGUGUGCACGGUGCAACGAGUUCUCCCAGAGAUUGUGCUGCAUAGCAACGUUGACAGUGGAGUUUGGUGCCCUCACCUCAUCUCCGCGCAUCUCUCUUACGGCCUUCUUUCUGCCACCCACCACUGGGCAGCCUUGCCCAGGAAGUAAAGAUGUCUUGUUUUGUUUUUAAUGUUUUUUCAUGUUUAUUUAUUUUUGAGAGAGAGAGAGAUGAGUGAGUGCAAGUGGGGGAGGGACAGCAAGAGAGAGAGAGAGAGGGAAGGAGACAGGAUCUGAAACAGGCUCCAUGCUGAUAGCAGAAAGCCGGAUGCGGGUUCGAAUUCAGGAACCAUGAGGUCAUGACCUGAGCUGAAGUCGGAUACUUAACUGACUGAGCCCCCCAGAUACCCCUAAAGAGGUCUUAUUUUGGAUGAUUUUGGAGAUUUAUGACUUGUGUUUCUAGUAAAUUUUUUUAUCUUUGGAAAAUGUAACUUUAUAUACCAAAUCCUCAAUUCUUUUUUUUUUUUAAGAUUUUAUUUUUUAAGUAAUCCCUACACCCAAUGUGAGGCACGAACUUACAACCCUGAGAUGAAGAGCCACAUGCCAAGCACCCCCAAAUCCUAAAUUCAUAAUAGAAUCGGAACUUCUGUUAUUUAAAAUUUAGAGGCAACUGUGCAUUUUAAGGACAUAUUGUAUUAUUAAGUAAUUUUUCACAAGUAAUUUACCUCUUUCAGUCUCCUCUCACGACUUUAUGGUGGAUUUUUCCAGAGGCUACGUGACGUAGUGACAUCAUCACUCUGAUGGUUAAUGGAGCGUGUGCUUAUGUAUUUUUGUAUUUCCUAGAAUCUUGUAAGUUGUAGAAAUUCAUAAGAAUCUCUCAAGAUUCAGGGUCCCCUCUCACCAAAUUGUAAUGCGGUUCGUAUUGGAAGAUCUGCUGUGUUUAUAAUCAAAUCUCCUUAAAUAUUAUCAGUUAGUAUUUCAUCCUGUAUUGAAGUAGAGUUAAAUUGCAGCUAACAUCACUCCAGCCAGUUUUUGAGGCACUGACUUCACCGAGCUCCUCAAAGAGGAGGAGGGAAGACAAUCCCACUGCAAUUAUUACACAAGAUCUGUGCUGUUAUAUAAGGAAUUUUGGCAUGGAGAAUAAUUUUGAUUUUUUUUGGAGGGGACACAGUUUGCCCCAGAUGAACUCCUUACCCAUGGUAGAAACAUGAUAAAUGUUACUUAUAGUGGUUAUUUUUUUAAGUGAGCUCCAGAGUUUACUACAUUGGACAUUGAUGAGAAUCCAGCUUCAUAAAGACACAAAGUUUGCUUCAGGUUCGCUUUUGUGUUGUGCUCUUUUCCUGGAGCUGACAGGAAUCCGAUGGCACCAGAGGUAUAUUGAGUUGAGAAACACCUUUCAAAUUCUUUUAAAAAAAUUUUAUUUUAUUUAAAAAAAAAAAAUUUUUUUUAACGUUUAUUUAUUUUUGAGACGGAGAGAGACAGAACAUGAACAGGGGAGGGUCAGAGAGAGGGAGACACAGAAUCUGACAGGCUCCAGGCUCUGAGCUGUCAGCACAGAGCCCGACGCGGGGCUCAAACUCACGGGCCGCGAGAUCAUGACCUGAGCUGAAGUCGGCCGCUCAACCGACUGAGCCACCCAGGCGCCCCCCUCAAAAAAUUUUUUUAAUAUUUAUUUAUUUUUGAGACAGAGACAGAGCAUGAACGGGGGAGGGUCAGAGAGAGGGAGACACAGAAUCUGAAGCAGGCUCCAGGCUCUGAGCUGUCAGCACAGAGCCCGACGCGGGGCUUGAACUCACGGACCAUGAGAUCAUGACCUGAGCCAAAGUCGGAAGCUUAACCGACUGAGCCACCCAGGCGCCCCUCAAAUUCUAUCUUAAUGCCUAUAGGGAACAUGGAUAUCAAAGCCCCAGGAUGCUAUAGCUGUUGUGGCUGUUUUAUUAAUAGCUUUUUGGUUGUUAAUAACAAAAUUUUUAAAUUUUUUUUCAAUGUUUAUUUAGUUUUGAGAGACAGAGCGUGAGUAGGGAAGGGGCAGAGAGAGAGAGGGAGACACAGAAUCCAAAGCAGGCUCCAGGCUCCAAGCACAGAACCGACAUGCGGCCUGAACCCACCAACUGCGAGAUCAUGACCUGAGCUGAAGUCAGAGGCUUAACCAACUGAGCUACCCAGGCACCCCUAAUAAAAUGUUUUUUAAACAAAAGAUAAAAUAAAUUCACUUUGUGAAAAAUAAUCUAGUUGUACAUUCAUGCUUUAUGUUUUUUUCAAUAUGCAUUUUAUACUUCAGUUUAAAUGUUGUUUUAAAAACAAAUUUCAUCCUCCAGAGGUUAGUCCUCCCUAUGCAUUUAAGCACAUAUCAUAUAUCAUACUGUUAGUUUUUCACAAAUAAUAAAUAAUAUUCAUGGAAUGCUCA